CCCUAGAAAGUAAUGUUCCUAGUGUGUGGAGACGAAAUUUUAAAUGGGUUAGAAGAAACUUGAUGGAUAGAGCUAAACUGGUUUGGUGAAGAAAGCUAUGCUAUGUUCUUUAAUGCAAACAUAUCUGAAAGAAAACGGCGAUAUAGGCAGCAAGAACCGUAUGUUACAACGCACGUGGACUCGUAUAUCAGUUGUAAUGUAACCAGUUAGUAAGCUACCUUCACAGUCUCGUGCUUGAUCGAACGAUGUUAAAUCUUCGCGAUUCUGCUGGCUUGUGAUAAAUGGUUGGAUUGAAUAGUGCAACUGGGGACCAACGAUGACCUCUCUUGAUGAGAUAGAGCAACAUAAGAACUACAGCUGGACUGUUGCAUUUGCUACUAUUUAUCUUACUCGUAGCCAUAUCUUUGGAUGCUGCUGCCAGCUAGCUAACUUAAUUUCUUGCAACUAAUGAAUAGCUAAACGCCUAAAAUGCCACUGCAAAUAGGUGACUUGGUCGACAUGUCGGUAGCUAAUCACGUGGUUACUUGUUUGUACACAGGGGUACAACCAUAGCUUUAAUAUGAAUGACCAAGUUUCCAUAUGAUUGAGAAGCAGCUAUAGUUAACUAGCUACUCCCACACUGCAAUUUGGUCUCGCACUGGCGGCCUCCGAGUUACAGUCCACGCAGUCUAGCUAGCUGAAUUUCUACUAGUACUACGUCUACUUGUCAAGAAUAGGAGGCGGUGGCAGCUGUGGUGUACAUUUCUGCGUUCUUUAUAGAGAUCACUGCCAGGGUGAAAUACUGCAGUUCAUGUUUCAACAAGAAGUCAGUGUACUAUCUUUUAUGUCCGUCCUGUUCUUACCUUUUCCAAAACGAGAAGAGGAAUAUGUCUAGAUAUAACAUUUACAGCCUUUUAGACUGGUUGUAUGGCGGCGUGGACCCGAAGUUUGAAGGCAACGGGGGCCCAGAAUGUGCCGCCUUUCUUGCACCCCAACAACGUCUCGGCGAGAGUUUUGUCAUGGUUCUGAUUUCCAUCGUGGAAGUUGUCGUCGCACUGAGGAAAAUCAACAUUUCUAAAGAACUCAACGAGAUAACGAAAGAUGGUCCAAGCAUAAAAGAGGACAGUUUGGGCAAGAACCUGUUGCUGGUUGCUUUGUGUAUGACGUUUGGAGUUGAGGUUGGAUUCAAAUUCGCCAAAAAGACAGUGAUAUACCUACUGAAUCCUUGUCAUGUUGUGACCAUGUUGCAGAUCUUCUUGCUGGCCUGUCCGCCAUGUAAAACAGCCAUGGUCCUCUUUAGGCUUCAGGUCCAUAUGCUGAACGGUGCCCUACUGGCCCUCGUCUUCCCUGUGGUCAACACUAGGCUGCUUCCAUUUGAGAAGGAGGUCUACUACAUCCAGCAUUCCUUGCUCUACCUGGUGCCUGUAUACCUCUUCAGGAAAGGAGGUGUGUACAAGCCAGAGCCCCUGGGGGACAUGUGGUGGGCUAUCCUCUCCACUGGCAUCCUGUUCCUUUAUCACUUCCUGUUCCUGCAGGGCCUGGGCCUGAUGACCGAGGUCAAUCUGAACAACAUGCUGUGUCCAGCAGUGUCAGAUCCAUUUUAUGGGCCUUGGUACCGGGUUUGGGCUGCGGGUCACCAGACCCUGUUGACCCUGGUCCAUGGGAAGGCCCUGACCCUCCUCUCCCACCACACCGGCCCCACCUGCAGGUACUUGCUGGACACCGCCAGACUGCGCAGCAAGAAGAUUGACUGAACAUCCACACACAGAGACAAACACGAACGUAGCCUUUUCCAAUCCAAACGCCUGUUAUGUUGGGAUUUUCUAUCCACAUUUUUAAUGCAGCUGUACCACCUUUACCAUAUUUAUUUACUGUAAAGAAAUAAUCAUUUCAGAGUCAAUGAAAUAUCAUUCCUUUAGUGUUUGUGCUGGAUUGCAUUAUAUGCAUGCACAAUCAUGGGCGCCUGAUUUUGUCUAAAAGUGGGGGUGCAAAUGCUUGGAAGGGGGGGCUUGACUUUUUUUGGCACCGUUUGAAGCGCUGUCACCAUAAACAUUAAAACAAUUUACUUGUCUCAGCAGUGUACAUAUUUGAUUAAAAAAGGGUAGAAAUGGCUUAUUUGGUCAAAAUGACUUACCAAGCCAAGCACACAGACCAGGCACCAGGACAGGCGUUUAAGUGAUUAAGGGGUGCAGUUGAACUCGGUGAGGGGGGCACAAUUUUUAAGGGUUCUUGCAUUGGAAUUAUAUUGAAUUCUUAUCACGCUAUAACGUAAUAAACUAAGUUCAAAUGCAGAGACUCAGACCAGUGAGUACUUUUUGAAGUGACAGAUUAACGUGAAAUCUGUAGCCCAGCUCCACUGUGCUGUAUCAGCACAAUGGACAGCGCCCUACACAAGGCCAUUUUGGUAAUGAAUAUAGGCUACAAUAUAGGCUUUUUAUAAUGGGUGAAUUGCCUAAUGUGAAUGCAGGCGUACACACAGCCAUCUUACCAAAAUAAUGCUAACUAAAUGCUGAAAGUAGUAGACUAGUAACAAAAAUACUGAAUAGCAGUUUGGCUUAGAAAAACGACACAGCGAAUGUGAACAAAUGAAUGUGAACAGAACAAAACAGAGUUAGGUCUACCAUAGGCCUAUAAACAAACGCGGAUUGAUAAAGGCAUGACAGAAUCUAGGCUAGUUACAUUAACAGUAAACAAAAGGAGAAUGCAAAUAACCACAUCUUACAGCAGGGCUCUCCAACCCUGUUCCUCCCCCUGUAAUCAAUUAAGCAAUGCCGGCCUACCAUAAAUACGUUUCCAUUUCAGUUCCAUUUUAAAAACAUGAAAACCAAUAGGCUGCCAAGAAAGCCUACGUUCUAUUUCUAUGGUGAAAUGUAUCGAUAUGUAGCUGUCAUUUGGGUCCUUCCAUUAGAAUUAGAAUGAAUUCUGCUUAUCACAAUAAACGUAAAAGUUCAAAGGCCGAGACGAUUGAGUGCUCUAUCAGCACCAUGUACAGCGCCCUACACACUAAGCAAGCCCUUUUUGGCAAUGAAAAUAUAUUUGCCAUUCAUACUCUAGGUUGUUGCUGAAAAGGAUGUCACUGGCUAUACUACCAAGAUUAUGAUAAAAACCAACCAGCUAGAUUGUUUCUUACCUUUUCAGAAGAGUUGCAGCCUUUGAUGCUCUGUGGAACUUCCUGAGUAAUCAAUCAUUCCAUUCUCCCUGAAAUCUUCUUGUAAGAUUCCACACAAAUGCCAGUUGGAUUAGUUGAGCUUUCCUUGGGUGUAGCAUGCUUCGUCUGCUGACUAAACACAUUUGUCAAAGUGGAAAAGGAGUUUGUGCCAGUUGCCUAUCAUUAACACGUGUUGACACCUCAGUUCCCAUAGCACUUAAAACUUUGUUUUCUUUCCGCGGUGCAUUUCAAAUGCUUUAUGCGUUCCUAGCGAAUCCUUUUAUUCUAUCAAUAGCAUGCUUCCAGUUAGAAUACUUGGAAUAAGGCUCAGAAAACCUGCAGCUAGGGGAUAAUUCUUUGCUAACCUGGGCUGGCUUCUUUGUUCCAAGAUCAUCAGGAACAGGUGGAGGGGUCUGUGGAGACAUUAUGCUUGUGGCACUUGUGGAAGAGAGAGUAGGCUCUUGACUCCUGAGCUAGCUGGAGCUCGGCAGCAUCAUCACUGCUGGGCUUGGCGGCAGUUUCGUUUCUGAUCGUGGCAGAUUAGCUGGUUAGAGCAAAAUAGGCUAAUAACACUAACACCCUUUACAGCUAGCUAAGAAGCUAACUAAACUCUGUAGUGGUGGGGAUUUAACUGAACUUGACCUGCCCUUAUAAAUCAAAAUCAAAUGAGCCUAUUACAGGCAGAGGCGUAUCACAUUAUUCACGUAGCCUACCACAGAUGAGCAGCAUUUUCCCCACGCUUUUUAUGGAAACCAAACCCAAAGGAGUCAUACUUAACCGCCCAGUAGCUUUCCAUAGCCCACCUACACAUAUACACACACUCUGAGGUGCGCAGAUACUGAUUUUGCGCCAACCUGUCACUCGAUAAUUUGAACUUUUUUGCUGUUUUUAUAUAGAGACGUAAAACUGAAGUGGCACACGUUUUAACUUGAGGGGGCUAAGCCCCCUUUUGCCCCCUCGUGGAGCCGGGUCCGCAAGCAGAGCUGUUUUAUGGAGAUCCAAAUACCCUGUGCUUUUUUAUUUAGAACAUAGUCGCAUACAGACACCACUUGGCUACAUUAUAACCGUGAAGCGGCCAUUGUGCACUGGCAUAUGGGGCUCAGCCACAACUGUUACUUUGUUCCAUUUUUUUCAUUAAGUAACAAAUGUGAUUUAAUUGAUUUGAAGUUGGGGAAAAUAGAUGACAAAAAUGCAGAAUGGUGUUAAAUGCCUGUAAAUAGCUUGGGGAAUAUUUCACAGAUGUAAGCAUGUAAUAUUAGGCCUUCUGAUUAUUUCUCAAAUUGACAUAUACAUUUUAAUACAAACAUUACUAAUCAUUUAAAAUGAUCCAAUAGAUGAUAAUUUUCUGGUAAAAAAGUGGGGGUUUAAAACCGAUGUUUGCACCUCUAUUCUGAAAGUGGGGUUGUAGCUGCUCCAUUUUCCCCAUUGCUCAGGCGCCUAUGCGCACAAUGGUAAAGACUUCUGGAGUUUGGUAGUUCUUGAUGUGGGCCAUCCCAAUUUCAGUCCAUAACAUGUAGCCCAAUAUAUAUGUUCUAUAUACAUGAUCACAUAGUGCAUCUGUUUAUUGAUAACCUGCAUAGCUCUACGUUGGGACAGUAACUGGGAACCCCUGUUAUAAGGGAAGUAUUACAGCCCAUUGAAGAGGUUUUAAGUAGCAUUUGCAUUUCCUAUUCACUUUGAUCAUUGGAUCGCUCACAUUUUGUAAUGAGGGAUAUUUGUGUUACUUAACAAGUACACAUGUAAAUAAAAAAAGUGAUAUGGUUUACUUUUGUACACUUGUUUUUUUUCUGGGUGAAUGUGCACUGUUGUAUUUAUUGACAAUAAAAGUGAUUUUUGCCCUUUAA